AAUACGCAGAACCACAUCGAUGGUCGGCAAAGAUGCGGAGACGAUCGAACGCAUAUCCCAAAAGGUAAACAGGAUGACCGGUUUUUAUCACUAACGCAUUCGGUAUCAAGCUCGAAUAAGUCAGUUGAUCGUUGAAUUUCCUCCAUUGUGUAGUUCGGUCGACAACCACAAGCUGGUUAGCGAAAAGUUGAAAAAAAUUUAAUUAACGUGUUUCAAAAUAAUUUAUAAAUUUUUUCAAGUUUCAAUUUGAAAAAGCUCGCAAGAAGUAGAGAUCGCGAAAUCUUUAUCAUUGGAAUAAAAGUAAGCGGAUCAAUCGCGUACAUUAUUCAUUCAAUUUGCGUGAAAAUUAAAUCAAAAUUAAGCGAACAUCAAUACUGGAGACAACUUCCUGGUACGUUGAUUUUCCGUUGAAGAGAGUUUCCAAUAAAAAUGUCAAAUAAUGAUUAAGCCAACGGUGAAUCUAAAAACGAGAAAAAGCAAUACGCAACUUGUUUCCUUGCCGAACCAGAAGAUGUACCUGCGUGAACAGUUGCAGUUGAUCUAGCAAAGGUGCAAGGAGAAACGCGAAAUAGACACAAUACUCAGAUUGUAGACCAACAUAACCUUGUGCUGACAAACCUUGAAUAUCUGGAAAGUGAACAAUAUCUUAAUCGUCGUCUGGAUUGGUUCGACUCAUCUGUCAACAGGUUAUCAGAUGACAGAGAAAUCGUAACUCUCGCAAGAUGACUCCAUUCAACAGAAACACAACGUUAGCCGUGGUUUUCAUCGCCUUGGUCUUUAAAUGCGCGCAUUCUUUCCUACUGCUACCUCUGCUAGGAGCGUCGUUAUACCAGGCGUAUCUCGAACAAGGCAUAAACUUUCGCGAAAACAUAUUCUUAGGCGAUAAACCAAUUUUAGAAGAAUACGAUUUCAUUGUAGUAGGUGCAGGACCCGGAGGCGCCGUAGUGGCAAACCGGCUGAGCGAAGUCGGUCAUUGGAAAAUUCUUUUACUGGAAGCCGGCGAAGAUGAACAUAUCUACACCGAUAUUCCGGCUAUCGCAGCUCAUUGGAGUUUUUCAAAUUUCAAUUGGGGAUACAAGGCAGAACGAACGGCAAACGCUUGUUUGGCGAUGGUUGACCAGCGUUGCCCUUGGCCUAGAGGUAAAGGAAUGGGCGGUAGUAGUAUUUUAAAUUACAUGAUAUACACACGUGGUCAUCGACAAGACUACGACGAUUACGCGGCGGCGGGUAAUCACGGAUGGGGCUACGACGAUGUUCUGCCGUAUUUCCUCAAGUCCGAGAACAACUCGAUACCAGAAUACGAAAACUCGACUUAUCAUUCGCACAACGGAUACUUGCACGUGGAAAGACCUCGGCAUAAGACCAUCUUGGUCGACGCAUUCCUCGAAGGAGGCAAAGAACUAGGAUAUGAAACCAUCGACUAUACAGAACCAACGCAGCACGGUUUCUCCAGAAUUCAAGCGACGACUCGAAAAGGACGCAGAUGUAGCGCCAGCAAAGCGUACUUAAAAUCCGUCAAAUUUCGUAGGAAUUUACACGUAUCCAUACAAAGUCGAGUAACCAAAAUUCUAAUUGAUCCUCAAACGAAAAACGCGUACGGCGUAGAAUUUGUUAAAAAACGAAGGAAACGAGUAGUAUUUGCCAGGAAAGAAGUCAUCUUAUCGGCCGGAUCGUUGAAUUCGCCUCAGUUACUAAUGCUUUCUGGAAUAGGACCUAAAGAACACUUGAAAGAAUUGAACAUACCGGUAAUUCAAGAUCUCAGGGUAGGUGAGAAUCUCAACGAACACUAUACCACCGUCGGCUUGUCGUUUUUAAUCAAUCAAACCGGAGCUGCGUUGCUAGAAAAGCGUCUAACUUUGAAAGUAUUUGCUGACUGGUUGAACAACGGAAGAAAUCUGCUAACUAUACCUGGUGGCGUUGAAGGAAUAGGAUAUACGCGAACGAAAUACGCUACAGAAUCGGGUCAGCGUCCAGACAUGGAAUUCAUAUUUGCGUCCGCUUCGUUAGCGUCGGAUCACGGCGACAUUAGACGAAGUUUCGGCGUCAGCGAUUGUUACUUCGAUCAAAUUCUGCGACAUUAUCAAAACAAAGACACGUGGACGAUUUUGCCAAUGUUACUUCAUCCACGAACCAGAGGUAAAAUUUUACUUCGCGAUAAGAAUCCUUGGCACGCGCCGAAAUUCUUUUACAACUACUUCGAAGACGAACAUGAUCUCAAAGUAAUGGUCGAAGGAGUCAAAGAGAUUAUCAAACUCAGCGAAACCAACGCAUUCCAAAGAAUCGGUACGAAACUAAAUCCUGCGCGUUUGCCACAAUGUUCGCAGCAUGCUUAUAAAUCUGACGAAUACUGGGGCUGUUUUAUACGAUACUUCACCGGAACACUGCAUCAUCAAUGCGGUACAUGCAAAAUGGGUCCUAGCACCGACAAAUCAGCAGUAGUCGAUCCCGAAUUACGAGUUUACGGUAUAAACAAUUUACGCGUCGUAGAUUCGUCAAUAUUUCCCAAAGUACCCGGCGCUCAUCUAUACGCGCCAACGCUGAUGGUCGGAGAAAAAGCAUCUGAUAUGAUAAGAAAACAUUGGUUAAAAAUAGAAGGCAUUAAUUAUACGACCACUCCUUUACCAACAGAUAGGUAUUAUAAAACUAGUACCGUUCCAUGUUUGAGCAUCAACAAUCAAACGUAUUACCUGAAUAAUAACACGUGAAACCCCAAACACUUCGCACCCUGUACAGUCCAUUACAAUGUAAUUAAUUUGUACAUAAUUCGUAUCAACCAAUUAUUUAUUUGCAAAAUAUACUUUUCUACUUUUUUUUUUACAUAAACGUGUUUUCAUCCCGGUAACUGUAUCAAUGAUUCACUCUCAGUUUCAAACGAGUCCGCCUAAUCUGACGAUAACGAAAGUGAAACACGAUACACAUCGUUUAUGAUGUAAAUCGUCGCAAGGAUUAUCGUGUCAUCCGUACAUCCAUCUUAUCUAUAUGUGUUUGAGACGCAGAUUCUUCGAGAAAUGCCGUCAACUUUAAUAUUUUUGAAUAAAAUGAUAUGAAACGUUUCGAAAUUUACCUGAUACAACAAGAGCUUGGUUCGGGCCGGUGGUAUAAAUGUUACCCAUAAUGAACGCGAUCGAAUUAAUACACUAUACACUAAAACAAUAUAAAAAUAAGAAAAUGAACACUUUUAAACGUGAAAAGAUCUCACAUCCACGUAAUACGAAUUACUAACAGAACGAAUAAUGAAUUUUUCAAAUAUUUUUAUGACCGGUUUCGAAA